CGUCAGGAUUGCUUUUCAAUCUUCCCAUCUUGAGCCAACUCGGCUUCGUGCUUCCACAAUAUAUCCUCCUGGAAGGCAUAUCAGUCUCUUGGUCUGAUAGAGUAUAUAAGCUUCGUGAGCUCGGAAACCACCUCACGCAGUCACCGCCAAUGAUACUUCUGGUCUCAGGUUCUGAUGACGAAGACCAAAAUGUCACCUUCGGUCUCUUCAAUCCAAAAGGGUAUUCCGAUGAAGAGCAAACAGCAUGUGCGUUCCAACUGGAACCAGUACACCGAAUUUUCCGCGUUUCUCCCGGAAAUCCAGGAAAUUGCUUUAUACAGCUUGAGUCAGAAGGUGAAUGGCCAACCCUGAAUGGCAGAUUGACAGCUAAGGAGCAAGAUAUGGAACUUAUGGUAGAUAUUACGAAUUUUGGGUCUUUUUAUGUGCGUGGACAAGAUGGUUCUGCUGCUGUCACUGAGAUCUUUUACGCCGAUGUUGUGGAGCUGCUUUGUUGUGAUCAGGAGAGGGUUAUGGUGGAAAUUUUUGAUUAUUGAUAUAUAGGCUUAGGUUGACUGUGUCAUAAUCUCGUUAUUCUCAUCAUCUUCAC